UGCCCGCACGAGACAAACCGUUGCCCACGAGGCUCAAACUAAAAUUAGUGAUCGAAAACAAAAACAACGAAAUAUUCAAAUAUAAAUAUAUACAUACAUAUGUAUAUGCACAUCUUUCUUACUAUAGAUAAUUAAUAUGAACAGAUAAAAAUAAGCACAAUAUAAACCGAAAUAUACAAACCAUAAAUUAGUGUUUUUUUAGACAGAAAAAAGUGUCACUAAAUUGGACAGAAGUGCGUUUUGUGUGUGUGUGUGUUGACUUACAUAAGACGUUGGGAAAUAACAACCCGGAAAUCGGGCCAGUUUUAAAUGGAUUCGGAUAAAGUAGUUCGUGCCAUGGCGCGCUGGUGGCAGACUGUCAGCCAAGAGGAUGGUGAUCCCUCAGCUCGCAACCCAAUGCUAUAUGACCCACUGCAGGAUGGUGUGGUUAAGACUUCAAAGACCCGUCAAUACCUAGCUGCCCUGAUAAUGUGUUUGGGAGCCGUUGCCGCGGGCACAGCUUUGGCGUGGACCAGUCCAGUUCUAGAUCAGAUCAGUGUACACCCUCCAACUAAUACAACAGCCGGUAACUCAACAAUGGGAAACUCUACAAUUGCAAAUGGAACCAGCCCAACACUGUUGCCUCUGCCAAGCGAUGACCGUCUGCAACUAACAGCCGGCCAACAGACCUGGGUCAGCUCCCUGCUGGCUAUUGGCGCCUUUCUGGGUGCCAUGCCCACGGGAUACAUUGCCGAUGCCAUAGGGCGCCGCUACACAGCAAUGGUCAUGAAUGUUCCAUUUAUUUUGGCCUGGCUCUCGAUUAUUUUCGCCAAUUCAGCUGGCUGGCUGUAUGUUGGACGCUUUCUGAUCGGCAUAUCAACGGGCAGCUUUUGCGUGGUCGCACCCAUGUACAUAUCCGAGAUUGCCGAGACAAGCAUUCGUGGAACCCUGGGCACUCUCUUCCAACUGUUGCUUACCGUUGGCAUAUUGUUCGUGUAUCUGGUGGGAUCUAUGGUGUCCUGGACCACUUUGAGUACGCUCUGCUUGUUUGUGCCAAUCCUUCUGUUUUUCGGCCUGCUCAUAUUGCCCGAGACGCCAGUCUAUCUGCUCAAGAAGGGUCAACGUGCCGAGGCCGCCCUCUCAUUGAAGUGGCUCUGGGGUCGCUACUGCGACUCGCGCAGUGCCAUCCAAGUCAUUCAAAAUGAUCUGGACCAGGCCGCAGCCGAUGCCGGCAUUAUGGAUCUUUUCAGUAAUCGUGGAGCCCGCAACGGUCUGGUCAUCUCCAUACUACUGAUGUUCUUCCAGCAGUUCUCGGGCAUCAAUGCGGUCAUCUUCUACACAGUGCCGAUCUUUCAGUCCGCAGGCAGCACUCUCGAUGCGUCCGUCUGCUCCAUCAUUGUGGGCGUAGUGCAGGUGAUCAUGACGCUGACCGCCUCUCUGCUGAUCGAUCGGGCCGGACGAAAGAUCCUGCUGCUAUUCAGCAGCACCGUAAUGUCUAUCUGCCUGGCCAUACUGGGUGCCUACUUCGACAUGAAGGACAGCAACAAGGAUGUCUCCUCCAUUGGGUGGCUGCCGCUGCUCUGCGUGGUGCUGUUUAUGAUCACUUUUUCGGUCGGCUACGGACCCAUUCCUUGGCUGAUGAUGGGCGAGCUCUUCCUGCCUGACGUCAAGGCCACUGCCGUCUCGAUCACUGUGAUGGCCAACUGGCUGUGUGUGUUUAUCGUUACCAAAAGCUUUGCCUCCAUGAUCGAGUCUCUCGGAUCGGACGUCACAUUCUGGUUCUUUGCCACUUGCAUGGCCGUUGCCACAAUCUAUGUGGCCACAAUGCUGCAGGAGACGAAGGGCAAGAGUGCUAGCCAAAUACAGUCCUGGCUAAAUGGCCGUUAAGAGUUGCGGGAGCGCAACUAGUUCUCCUAUUUUGUUUUUAGCUUAGUUUAGACAGGUGCCAUUGUACUCGUAGGUAGAUAUGAAGUCACGACCCACACAAUGCUGAAGGAAAACGCUCAUCGGUUAGCCGAUGAUUUUAUACUUUUGCAAAUGGGAUAAGUUCUGAAUAGUUUCGCAAAUACUGUUUUCAAGUCUUUUACUUUUUCGAUAACUCAAACGUGUUGAUAUUUUCCCCUCUACUUGACUAAGGUUUUGGAAGGGUAUAACCACUUAAAUCCAAUAGAUAAUAUUGAUCAAACUGUACAAUUAUUCUUAUCAAUAUUGCACAAUGUUAUUCUUAAGUAUAUACAGUUCAAUUAGUUCCUAAGUACUACCCCUUCCCUUCAUUUGAUAAGUGAAUCUGAAUUGGGAGAAGACUCUGUGCUCGUCCUGUUUUAUCGCCUUCUUAUUUGUAGCACUUUAUUUAGUAUAUGUUUAAGCAUGGAUGGGAUGAUGGAUGACAAACACUCUACUCUACUGUAUGUACAUACAUGUGUAUAUAUGUAGUUGAUAAUAAAACUAAACUGUACAGCAA